CAAUUAUUCAUACAACUAAAUUAAAUGUUGCGUUAAACUUAUAACAAAUUAAUUUAUUGGUUAAAUAAUUUAUUAUAUUAACAUAAAAUUAAUUAUUUAUUAAUUUUACUCUAUUAAAUAAUUUGUUAGGAUGUUUACAUUGCAUAUCCUUCAGUUAUUGUAUUAACAUUUGACUCAACAAACAGACUUAACAAAUUCAUAUAGUUAAAAGUAUAUAAAUACAUUUCAUUCAAUAGUGUUUAAUUGUUCUAGCAUGAGUAUAAAUGGAUAAGUUAAAUAAAUUUAUUCGACCUAUAGGAUUACGAAGACGAACAAGAUCAGCCAGUAGUGUUGCUUAUCCUGGAAGUAAGGCUCAAAGUGAUGAUUCAAGUAGUAAUUCUAAAGACGUAGGAAUUUCAAGUAUUUAUCAUAGUGACUCUGAUGAUAUAAGUGGUGCACCUCAAUCGGUUCCAUUUGCUUUGCUAUCAAAACAUUUAAUGAAUUUGGAAUCUGAUUCUGUCAAUGAAAAUUUAACUCAUGGUAAACCAUUUACCAGAAGGAAACGGAAAUUUAAAAAAAUGAUAGUUGAUCCAGAUGUAAAAUUUACUUCUCGUAUUGCUACUGGAUGUUCUCAUAGCAGUAUUGAAAAGAAAAGAACUACACGUCAUUCUGCUAGUAUGCCUAGAAAUUGUGGUUCAUUAAUAUUAGCUAUUGGCAAAAGGAAGCGUAGUAAUCGUGAAGUUCUUACUAGUAGUAGUGUUCAAGGUACUUCUAGCACUAAAAUAAUGGAUGUUGAUAUUGCAAGUAGUUCAAGUAGUCUAAGUUCAUCUGAAAGUGAAACUGGAAUAUUUACUAAUGAUGAAGGUAGAGAAGGUGAUGAUGAACAAAGUGAUUGGGUUGGUAAUGCAUAUGGAGCUGGUGGUAUAACUGAUGAUGAUACUGAACCUAUGAAAAUAGAUUGUCAAAGACUUUUAUCUGUAAGCUUACAAAAUAAUGUUAUGACGGAUGGACGAGGACCUGGUCGACUUCCAUUUUGGACAAGAAAAGCUGGAGAUAGAGAAAUCAGAGGCGGACUUCGUAGAGUAAGAUCUGUUAAACCAAGUUUUUCUGUUUUGACUUCUGCUAAUGAAAAGGUUUCUCAAUUCUUACGAGAUCCAGCCCAAUCAGAAUUAAGGUAAAAAAUAUA